AGCCCGCCAGCCUCGCCGCCAUCGCUCCCCCGCGCGCGGUCAUGUGGGCGGCGCCGGGCCGGAAGUGGCGCUCGGCGCCUGCGCAGACACGCGCGGCCCGGCCGCAGCCGAGCCGUGAGGCGGGCGGUGUUCGGGACCCAGCUGCCCGCCAUGGGCCGGAGGAGGGCGGCGCGGGGGAUGGGGGCUGAAGGAGGCCGCGCUCGCCACCCCGCGGGCCGCUCCCUGGAGGCCUUCGCCGAGGAGGUGGGCGCCGCGUUGCGCGCGUCCGUGGAGCCAGAGGCGGCCGAGGACGAGGGCACCUCGGGCCCGGCGCGGCUACCCUGCACGCUGGCCAUGUGGGAACUGGGCCACUGCGACCCCCGGCGUUGCACUGGCCGCAAGCUGGCCCGCCUAGGCAUGGUGCGCUGCCUGCGUCUGGGCCACAGGUUCGGCGGCGUUGUGCUCAGCCCCAUGGGCUCCCAGUACGUGUCCCCCGCGGACAGACAGCUGGUCGCACAGAGUGGGGUCGCUGUCAUCGACUGUUCCUGGGCCCGACUGGAUGAGACCCCGUUUGGGAAGAUGCGCGGGAGCCACUUGCGGCUACUGCCCCACCUGGUCGCUGCCAAUCCCGUCAACUACGGCCGGCCCUGCAAGCUGUCCUGUGUGGAGGCUUUUGCCGCCACCUUCUGCAUCCUGGGCUUUUCGGACCUUGCUGUCAUUUUGCUGCGGAAGUUCAAGUGGGGCAAGGGCUUCCUAGACCUGAAUCGCCAGCUCCUGGACACAUACGCGGCCUGCAGCAGUGCGGAGGAGGUGCUGCGGGCCCAGGAGGAGUUCCUGGCCCACGCCAAGGAGUGCCCCGAGGAGGAGGAAAUCGAUCCUUUUGACGUGGAUUCUGGGCGGGAGUUUGCAAACCCCAACAGGCCAGUGGCUGGCACCCGGCUGCUUGCAGACAGUGGCGACAGCGACAGUGAGGACGAGUCUGAGGAGCGAGGGCCUGGUGCCGAGGAUGGAGGAGACAGCAGUAGUAGCUGCCCUGAGGAGGAGGGUCCUCUGGAACAGGGGGCAGAGGCCAGGGCCCCCGCAGAGGUUUGGAAAGGAAUUAAGAAACGGCAGAGAGACUAAAGGUGGCAGACACGUUUACUUUUCAUGGCGGAGCAGUAAGGAACUGGAGACAUAGCAGGACUUGUGGGGACACAGACGGGCCUGGCAGCCUCAGCCCCCGCAGCACUGAGCAGCACUGGACUCUGUCCCCAUGCUUCUGACACAGCCGUGCUCUGGGGCCUUCCAGCCCUCCCAAUGAAGCUGCAGGCCAAGGAGA